AUCAAUUAUCACAAGAAAAAAACACGCUUUUCACGUUUUGUGUCAGGACUCAGGAUUGAGGUGGAGAAGGGGCCUCGGCGAAUCUUUGCCCCACUUCACUGACGCACAGAACAGAAGGCUUAUUUAGAAGUUAAGAACAUCGUCAUCCCUGAACCCUCGCACAAAGGCACAAAGGCACAAAGGCACAAAGGCACAAAGGCAAAAAGGGCUUUUGCGUUUUAGUGAGGAGAGAAAGAUAGAUAAAUAUUAAUUGGCAGUGGAAUGGAUGAGAUUGAGAAUUAGAGAUAGACUCACAUCCAAUCACACCGUUAUCAUCUCCCUUGCUUGCCUUUGCUUGGUGGGUGUGGUCCAGUGGUGUGGUGUGACGAGGGCAAUUUUUCACCGACGACUAACUAGAUUACUAUAGUUUUUAAUCAAUCAACAGUACAGUCCUAGUAGAUGAGAGACAGUGAGAGAUUUUUUUAUAGAAGAAAUCGGUUGCUUGCGUGUUUUGAGACUUGAGUAGCGCGGAAUUAUCUAUAUAUUUAUAUAUAUAUAUAUUUAUAAAACAACAACUAGAGCAAAUAAAUAUAAAUGAGCCAUGUCGAUACCCAAGGAGCCGGAGCAGGUGAUGAAGCUAAGAGGAGGAUCAGUACUGGGCAAGAAGACCAUUCUCAAGAGCGACCACUUCCCAGGCUGCCAGAACAAACGCUUGUCUCCCCAGAUCGAUGGCGCUCCCAAUUACCGUCAGGCUGAUUCGCUACAUGUUCACGGUGUUGCCAUUCCAACAGUCGAUGGAAUCCAGAAUGUUCUAAACCAUAUUGGAGCUCAACAAAUUGAUGGGAGGCGAACACAAGUUCUUUGGAUUAACCUUCGCGAGGAGCCGGUGGUCUAUAUUAAUGGGCGCCCUUUUGUUUUGCGUGACGUGGAGAGGCCCUUUUCCAACCUUGAGUAUACGGGAAUUAACAGGGCUAGGCUUGAACAAAUGGAAGCCCGAUUAAAAGAAGAUAUUUUAAUUGAAGCUGCAAGAUAUGGGAAUAAGAUCCUUGUCACUGACGAACUACCAGAUGGUCAGAUGGUGGAUCAAUGGGAACCAGUGUCACGGGAUUCUGUGACGACACCGCUAGAGGUUUACGAGGAAUUGCAAGUACAAGGAUACCUUGUUGACUAUGAACGUGUCCCUAUAACUGAUGAAAAAUCACCCAAGGAGCUGGAUUUUGAUAUUUUGGUUCAUAAAAUUUCUCAAGCUGAUAUAAAUGCAGAAAUAACUUUUAACUGCCAAAUGGGACGUGGGCGAACUACAACAGGAAUGGUGAUAGCAACUUUGAUAUACCUCAACCGUAUAGGAGCUUCCGGUAUUCCAAGAACCAAUUCAAUUGGGAAAGUUUCUGACUCCAGUGCAAUUGUCACUGACAAUUUUCCAAACUCAGAAGAUGCGAUUCGUAGAGGAGAAUAUGCAGUCAUAAGAAGCUUGAUUCGAGUAUUAGAGGGUGGUGUUGAAGGCAAAAGACAAGUGGAUAAAGUUAUUGACAAGUGCGCCUCUAUGCAGAACUUACGUGAAGCAAUUGCCACUUAUCGCAAUAGUAUUCUGCGCCAACCAGAUGAGAUGAAAAGGGAGGCGUCACUUUCAUUUUUUGUGGAGUAUUUGGAACGAUACUACUUUCUUAUAUGCUUUGCCGUGUACAUUCAUUCAGAGAGAGCAGCCCUCCGCUCUAGUUCCGUUGGUUAUAGCAGUUUUGCUGACUGGAUGAAAGCUAGGCCAGAACUGUAUAGCAUUAUUCGCAGGCUGCUGAGAAGAGAUCCAAUGGGUGCACUUGGAUAUGCAAGUUUGAAACCAUCUUUGAAGAAGAUUGCUGAAUCUGCUGAUGGCCGGCCUUAUGAGAUGGGUGUAGUUGCGGCCUUGAGAAAGGGCGAGGUUCUUGGUAGCCAAACAGUUUUGAAAAGUGACCACUGUCCUGGUUGUCAAAACCAAAAUUUACCAGAAAGAGUGGAUGGUGCCCCUAAUUUUCGGGAGGUCCCUGGAUUUCCAGUUUAUGGAGUCGCAAAUCCAACAAUUGAUGGUAUACGAUCUGUCAUCCAAAAGAUUGGUAGCUCCAAAGAUGGUCGACCAGUGUUUUGGCAUAAUAUGAGAGAAGAACCUGUGAUUUACAUCAAUGGAAAACCGUUUGUACUCCGUGAGGUUGAACGACCAUACAAAAAUAUGCUUGAAUACACGGGUAUCGAUCGUGAGAGAGUGGAGAGGAUGGAAGCUCGACUGAAAGAAGAUAUACUGCGAGAAGCUGAGCACUAUGGGGGUGCUAUAAUGGUUAUUCAUGAAACAGAUGAUGGGCAAAUAUUUGAUGCUUGGGAACAUGUAAAUUCUGAGGCCAUUCAGACCCCACUUGAGGUUUUUAAAGGUUUGGAGACAGAUGGUUUUCCCAUAAAGUAUGCGCGUGUGCCCAUCACUGAUGGUAAAGCUCCCAAAAGUUCUGACUUCGACACGUUGGCUAUUAAUAUUGCUUCUGCAUCCAAGGACACUGCUUUUGUUUUCAAUUGCCAGAUGGGCAGAGGAAGGACAACCACAGGUACUGUAAUUGCUUGCCUUUUGAAACUUCGAAUUGACCAUGGGAGACCUAUCAAAAUCCUGGUUGACAAUAUUACCCUUGAAGAGGUGGAUGGUGGUAGCUCAAGUGGUGAAGAAUCAGGAGGUAAUAGUGCUGCAUCAACCUCCAGUGUUACAGCUGUAAGAAAUGAAAAGGAUCAAGGCCGUGUAUUUGGCAUGAAUGACAUCCUCUUGUUGUGGAAAAUAACAAGAUUAUUUGAUAAUGGGGUGGAAUGCCGAGAAGCCUUAGAUGCUAUAAUUGAUAGAUGUUCUGCUCUACAGAACAUACGCCAAGCCGUUCUGCAAUAUAGAAAGGUAUUCAAUCAACAACAUGUUGAGCCAAGGGUAAGGAGGGUGGCAUUGAAUCGUGGCGCUGAGUACUUGGAGCGCUACUUCCGUUUAAUUGCUUUUGCAGCAUACUUAGGAAGUGAAGCAUUUGAUGGAUUUUGUGGGCAAGGAGAAUCUAGGAUGACAUUUAAGAAUUGGUUGCAUCAGAGACCAGAAGUUCAAGCAAUGAAAUGGAGCAUAAGAUUAAGGCCUGGACGAUUUUUUACUGUCCCUGAGGAGUUGAGAGCACCGCAUGAGUCUCAACAUGGAGAUGCUGUCAUGGAGGCCAUUGUCAAGGCCCGAAGCGGUUCUGUUUUGGGGAAAGGAUCUAUACUUAAAAUGUAUUUCUUUCCAGGUCAGAGGACUUCUAGCCACAUACAAAUUCAUGGUGCACCACAUGUUUAUAAGGUGGAUGGAUAUCCUGUGUACAGCAUGGCUACGCCAACAAUUCCUGGUGCCAAAGAGAUGCUAGCAUAUUUAGGUGCCAAGCCCAAAGCAGAAGGAUCUGCUGCUCAGAAAGUGAUUUUAACUGAUCUGAGAGAAGAAGCAGUUGUUUACAUUAAUAGCACACCAUUUGUCUUACGGGAGCUAAACAAACCUGUUGAUACACUCAAGCAUGUGGGAAUCACAGGCCCAGUGGUGGAACACAUGGAAGCACGACUAAAAGAAGAUAUACUAUCUGAGGUCAGACGGUCUGGUGGCCGUAUGCUUUUACAUCGUGAAGAAUAUAGCCCAGCAUUGAAUCAGUCCAGUGUCAUUGGAUACUUGGAAAAUAUCUUUGCAGAUGAUGUGAAGACACCAGCUGAAGUUUAUGCUGCCCUGAAAGAUGAGGGUUAUAAUAUUACAUACAGAAGAAUACCAUUAACUAGAGAAAGAGAGGCUUUAGCUUCUGAUGUGGAUGCAAUUCAAUACCGUAUAGAUGACUCUGCAGGGUGUUACCUUUUUGUAUCACACACGGGGUUUGGAGGAGUUGCUUAUGCAAUGGCUAUUAUUUGUAUUAGAUUUGGUGCAGAAGCUAACUUUGUAUCAAAGGACCCACAACUACUGUUUAGAACGAAUCCAUCGUAUACAACUGAAGAGGACUUGCCUUCUCGAGCUUCUGAUGAAGAAGUUCGUAGGAUGGGUGACUACCGAGACAUACUAAGCCUUACGAGAGUUCUUGUGUACGGUCCCAAGAGCAAAGCAGAUGUUGACAUAGUUAUUGAAAGGUGUGCAGGGGCGGGGCAUCUACGAGACGAUAUUCUUUAUUAUAGUAAGGAACUCGAGAAGUUCCAUGAUGAUGAUGAUGAGCAUCAAGCAUACCUCAUGGACAUGGGUAUCAAAGCAUUAAGGCGGUACUUUUUCCUUAUCACAUUUAGGUCUUACCUCUACUGCACUUCUGCAGCUGAGAUAAAAUUCGCAUCAUGGAUGGAUGCAAGGCCUGAACUAGGACAUUUAUGUAAUAACCUUAGGAUCGAUAAAUGAUCUCAUUAGCAAUGCUUGUAAAAUAAAUUUAUGUACAGUUGGCAAUACGUUGCCAGUUAUGGUUUUC